CCUAACCCAGCUGUGAUCUUUGUCUCCUUUGUGUCUUCCAGCAAACGGGGAUUCAGCGUCCGGUCCUUCGGAACAGGGACUCACGUGAAGCUCCCGGGGCCAGCACCCGACAAGCCCAACGUUUACGAUUUCAAAACGACAUAUGAUCAGAUGUACAACGAUCUCCUUAGGAAAGACAAGGAGCUCUACACGCAGAACGGCAUCUUGCACAUGUUGGACAGGAAUAAGCGGAUCAAGCCCCGGCCAGAGAGGUUCCAGAACUGCAAAGACCUGUUCGACCUGAUCCUCACCUGCGAGGAGAGAGUGUACGACCAGGUGGUGGAAGACCUGAAUUCCAGGGAGCAGGAGACCUGCCAGCCAGUGCACGUGAUCAACGUGGACAUCCAGGACAACCACGAGGAGGCCACGCUGGGGGCCUUCCUCAUCUGCGAGCUGUGCCAGUGCAUCCAGCACACGGAGGACAUGGAGAACGAGAUCGAGGAGCUGCUGCAGGAGUUCGAGGAGAAGAGCGGCCGCACCUUCCUGCACACCGUCUGCUUCUACUGAGCCAGCAGCCACCCCGCCCGACGGCCUCUGCGCUGCCUGUUGUUAAUACUUGUUCCUUCCCACCCCAGUUCUGACCCCGAGGGCUGCUGCCCAAGGAUGGCCUCUGCGCUGUACAUAGUUUGGCCCCACAACUGUCAAGUUCGGUGUCCCACCCUCGUUACUAGUGUGAAAUUAAAGUGUUUUUCUUUAAGCAAA